AUGAGCAAGACAAGGAGUAAUUUCCACCUGGAGUUGAACGAAGAGCAAAAACCGAACGUGACAAACGAGGAACCGCGACAGAUGUCGAUGCGAGAGAGACGCAUGCGGAGAAGAGCAGGAAUACACGGGUCCUCGACAGUUGCAUCCGUGGAAACUGCGCCACUGCCAGCACGGAUCAGGCGAGAAAUCCGUCAGGAGAUGGGAAAUGUGGAAGCAGGAGGAGAUGCAAUGGGGGACGCAUUAUCGCAACUCGAGGCACAAGUGCCAAAACAAGCGGGGCGGAAAUCCAGAGGUCAAUUGAAGACUGAGCAAGCAGGAAAGCAUGCGUCAUCGCAGCUUGAACCACAAGUUGCUACACAACCAGCGUCUCGAAAGAAGCGAAUGGGAAAGGACCUUGAGCCAGAGCUGAUACCAUCUCCACCCUCAGCACCUCUAGGCACAAAACCAAAGUCCCAGCCAACCACCGAGACUCCAGUCAGUGCCGAAUCACUUGCCCGAAACAAACUCCAAGGUUUCAAUUGGUACUGGGACACCUUCCCUCCCACCAUCGCCCAGAAAACCACCGCAAACACCUUCUUCAACACCCACGGCCGCGCUGCAAAACUCCUGCGCAGCGUCGCUCAGUUCCGCCUGUUCCCCGAAUCCGAUGUGCCAGAAGUAGCUUUCGUAGGCCGCUCCAACGUCGGCAAGUCUUCCCUCCUCAACGCCGUCAUGGGCGCCGAUAUAAAGGCCCUCUUAGCCCGCACCUCGUCCACCCCCGGUUUCACAAAGACGAUGAAUUUGUAUGGCGUCGGCGCAGGCAACGGCGUUACGAUUAAGAAGACGGCGCCGAAUGGGAGGGAGAAGAUUGUGGGGAUUGGAGGUAUGACGAUUGUUGAUAUGCCGGGGUAUGGAGAAGGGAGUUUGGCUAGCUGGGGAGCAGAGAUUAUGAAGUAUAUUACGAAUCGGAAACAAUUGCGAAGGGUAUUUGUUCUGAUCGAUGCUGAGCAUGGGAUCAAGGAUAAAGACCGCUCGCUGCUUGCUUCGUUACGAUUAGCAGGCGUCAGCCAUCAAGUCAUUCUAUCCAAGCUAGACAGAAUCUACAUCCCCAAUGCCAAGGACAUUAGGCGGCAUGAUGGGAAGGCGCUGAGGCGUCUGAGUCCGAAGGGUACAAUCGAGGAACUUAGGAAGGCGAUGGAGAAACUCAAAGCAGAUAUUCAGCCGCCGGUUGGUGGUGGUGCGCUGGGGGAGGUAUUGGGAGUUAGUGCGGAGACGAUGGUGGAAGGAAAAAGGUUGGGAGUUGACCACGUGAGAUUUGCGGUAUUGAAGGCAGUGGGGUUGGAUUCCAAGUAUCAGAAGGAAAGUGCGAUGAAAAAGGAGAGUGGUAUUGAUCAGAACACUCUGAGUUGGAAGUAG